AUCAUGGGGGAAGGGAGAGUGCAGCAGAGUGCCCCUUCCCCACGUAGGACCUGUCAGUGUCAAGGUCCCCCACCCUUCCUGGAGUGUCACGUCGAUGUCAGGUCCCAGCGGGGGUGCGCUUACUUCGGACUCCCCACUGCGUCAGUGUCAGCGUCCCUGCCUCUGUGUGUGUCCUUGUCCUAAGUGUGUUCCUAGAGGCGCUCCCUACUCCCCAGGUGCUAGAUGACCUUCCCUCACAGACUAGGGGUAGUUGCCUCUCUCUCCCUUUCUUCCUUCUCAGCCUGGUGUGUCGGGUCUUCCUUCCCCCUCCCUCCCUUCCCCCACCCAUGAGAUUCCCCCGGUCUUCGCUGUGUCCCCCCAGACUCCCAACAUGGGGAACACAAGCAGUGAGCGGGCUGGGAUGGAGCGCCAGGGAGGCCACAAGACAGCCCGGAGGGAUAGUUCCGGGGGAGCCAUCACGACCAAAGAUGGGGACAGACCCAAGAUCCUGAUGGACAGCCCCGAGGAUGCUGACCUCUUCCACUCUGAAGAGAUCAAGGCUCCAGAAAAGGAAGAAUUCCUUGCAUGGCAGCAUGAUCUGGAAGUGAAUGACAGAGCUCCCACCCAGGCUCGUCCAACUGUGUUUCGCUGGACAGGGGGAGGAAAAGAGGUUUAUUUAUCUGGAUCCUUCAAUAACUGGACUAAACUUCCCCUCACGAGAAGCCACAACAACUUUGUAGCUAUACUGGAUUUGCCAGAAGGAGAGCAUCAGUACAAGUUCUAUGUGGAUGGUCAGUGGACCUAUGAUCCCUCUGAGCCAGUAGUGACCAGCCAGCUUGGCACAGUCAACAAUGUCAUUCAGGUGAAGAAGACUGACUUUGAAGUGUUUGAUGCUUUAAUGGUGGAUUCCCAAAAGUGCUCCGAUGUUUCAGAGCUUUCAAGUUCACCACCAGGACCCUACCAUCAGGAGCCUUAUGUUUGUAAGCCAGAGGAACGUUUCAAAACUCCACCCAUCCUUCCCCCACACCUGCUCCAGGUCAUCCUCAAUAAGGACACCGGCAUCUCAUGUGACCCAGCUUUGCUCCCCGAGCCCAACCACGUCAUGCUGAACCACCUGUAUGCCCUGUCCAUCAAGGACGGCGUGAUGGUGCUCAGUGCCACCCACCGCUACAAGAAGAAAUACGUCACCACCUUGCUGUACAAGCCCAUAUGAAGCCCCGGGAGGCGAGGCCGCCAGCGCCGGGGAGCUGGGAGAGGACAGCGUGACCCGACUGCAGCUUCGUGCCCGCACCCCGGUCUUCAUUCCAUGCCCUUCUGAGACAUUUCCCACUCGCCCUCUGGCAAGAUCGCUCCUGAGGAGCCAGGCCAGCCGUGGCCACUGACCGACCGUACGACCUGCUGGCAUUUACCCUGACAAAGGAUGGCGUAAAAGGAGCAGAAGAUUGACCAAAGCCAAUCCAGAGUGUGGGGAGACCUGGGGGGCCCCUCAGAAGUGGGCACUGAUGGCCACUAGGCACCGUCCCAAAAAAGAAUACUAAAUGAAGCCCAAACCACCGUUGCGGGCUGCUCUGUCUCAGGUAGCUGGGCCCAGCCAAGGUUCUCCGCCGGCCUUGGAUGUGACAGUAGGUUCAGCUGCAGCCGAUGCCUCCAAGCAGUAGGCCUGCCCCCCUGGCUGGGGGCGAGCUGGCAGAAGCAGCUUUGGCCUGUCCCCAUCCCUCACAAGCACAGAGCGCACUUGGGUUUCAGGCGGGGGGAGGGAGGGAUGCAUAGAGUAGAGAUAUGACGCAGGCUUAUAAAGGCAUUUUCUUUUUUUAAUUACCAACACGCGGGUGUGGAUCAUGUGAAAAGGACCCCUCAGGGACCUCCUGGUGCAGCGGACUCAUCAUCCCAGCUGUGGCCGGGCACUCCGAGGGCCAGCCGGGCACUAACAGGAUCACCAUCUCCUAGGUUUGGGUGGUGGUUUGGCGCUGUUGGGAAUCAUCCAAUCAGUAUGUAGGAGGACAGGCGACCCUCCAGACUCGUUUCAUGGCUGAGAUCUCAAAACCAAAUGAUCAUGGAAGGCUCCAGCAGGUGCCAACCAUUUAGGAAAGCUUUUGUUUUUUAAGGGAAUCUCCAAUUUCCAGGGUGGGUGGCCUGAGCUCCACCUCACAAGGAAACGCCAGCGAAUCAGCGACAAGACUAGGCGCUCCGGCCCCCUCUGGCUUAUCAGUGGGCGGCCUGGACCCCCAAGAUCAAUCCUUGGUUACCUCACUCCAGUAUUCAUUCUGUGCGCCCGAGUUUUCAGGCACUCUUGUUGUAUCAUUUUGGAAACACUGAAUUGCUGUCACCCUGUCAUACCUCUUAACCACAUUUCAAUAAAGCUUUUAUAAAAAAGCAUACAUCUCUCACUGAACCCAUGGGAAGCAGUCUGAAGGUU